AUGCCAUGUCGCGUUGCACCGGGAUUGGUGCGCCACGUUCACGGUGCAGCAGUCGAGGUGAGUCUGGUGAGCAGCACGCGAUUGAUUGUGGCUCACCAACGUGGAUGGCGCUGGGCAUUGGCCCUAGAUAUCUUCCGGGCGCUGCGAGGAAGACGGCUGAGGCUUGGUCCUGGCGGGCUCGAUGCCAUUUGCUUCAACGCUGCCCUUGCGGCCUGCCGGCAGGGCGCUCAGUGGCAAGCCGGCCUCCACAUCCUCUCGGAGAUGCCCUCCGAGAGGAUUCGACCCAAUGCCAUCAGCUGCAAUACGUUGAUUGCCGCCUGCGCCCGGGGGGCUGCCUGGCACGUGGCACUCUGUCUGCUGGCUUCCGGUGUGGACAAGGUAGGUGGAGGCGCAGCGCUGGAUGCCCUCGCCCGUGCUGCAGAGUGGCAGCGAGCGCUGGUGCUCUGGCUCGCUUUGCCGGGCCUGCGGGCCAUGCCCGACCAGGUCGCCCGGAACAGUCUUCUGGCCGCCUUCGCAGAGGCAGCGCAGUGGCGCCAGGGCCUGGCUCUUCUCGAAAGAGGAGGGGAAGACAUGGACAGCUACGGCCGCGCUGCAGCUGCGGGCUGCUUUGCGGCGGCUGCGCUCUGGAGGGAGGCCAUGGCCAUCGCUCUACAAGGUUCGGGCGGACCAGUGCAGGUCCUAAAUGCGGCGCUGACUGGCUGCGCCCGCGCUGCAAAGUGGCAACUCUGUUUGCAGUUCAUGCAGUCCGCGAUAUGUACUGGUGGCACCCCGGACGUGGCCACAUUUGGCAUCGCCAUCAGCGCCCUUGAGCGCGGUCGGGUCUUCUGGGGCCGCGCGCUCUCACUGCUCGCAGAGUCCCAGCGUGGCUGGCUCAAUCGUACCUCGGUCUACAACGCAGCUAUUUCUGCAGUGGGUGCCGCCGGCAGAUGGAGGAUGUCCCUGCGCUUGCUAUCGAGCAUGCGUGACCACGGCCAGGAGCCAGACACCAGCAGCUUCAAUGCGAGUUUGUCAGCCUGCGAGCGGGCGUGGCAAUGGGAGCAGUGCUUGCAGCUUCUCUGGGAUGCGGGGCCUUCUGCCGAUGCAGCCAGCUUUACCAUCGUGGCGAGCUCCUUCGAGCAAGCAGGGCUCUGGCAAGAGGCGGUUCAGCUUCUGCGAACGCUGGCCGACCUGCCCCUGCCGGCAUGGAGCGUUCUGGUGAGGGCGUCGGCGGCCCAAAGCUGGCAGCACGGCCUACAUCUGCUCUCUGUCUACCAGAGCCUGCGGCCUCGGCCUCCGCGGCCUCAGCCUCGCGACUUGGCCUUGCUGGACCUGGUGCUUGGAUCCUGCGCUCGCAGCCUCGCCUGGCAGCAGGCCCUUGGCCUUCUGAGCGGUUUUGGGGCCCCAGAUGCCGCCUGCCUCGUGCAAGUGCUCCAGGCAUGCGAGAGCCUCCACCGACACUCGCAGUCCGAAGUGCUGCGGCAGGCACUGGGGGCAGCCCUGAGCCACUCGGCCCUCCUCAAUCCAAGCCGGAGGGCCAACGACCGAACUGCUGAGCGCGGCGUUUUCGGGACUUCCGUGCACGGCCUCGUGGUUGCCUCCUGGAUUUGUGCUCGGGGAUCCGGUCACGCUGGGCCGAGCACUUCCAGGGCCUUCGAGAGGAAAGUCCUUGAGGAGCAGGACUCAGGCGGAUCCGAGCUUGGUGGACUCGGCAGUGGGCAAAUGUGUUCGCUGCUCGAGCAGCACGGCUUCACUGCAGAAACCAGCAAGUGCCAGAAAAAGCCACGCCUGCGUUUCGUUCCGAGUUCGUCGUACGUCGUAGUAGUAGCAGUAGCAGUAGCAGUAGCAGUAGCAGUAGCAGUAGCAGUAGCAGUAGCAGUAGCAGGAGCAGGAGCAGGAGCAGGAGCAGGAGCAGUAGCAGCAGCAGGAGCAGGAGCAGGAGCAGGAGCAGCAGGAGCAGGAGCAGGAGCAGGAGCAGGAGCAGGAGCAGCAGUAGCAGUAGCAGUAGCAGUAGCAGAAGCAGACAGCAGAAGCAGAAGCAGAGGCAGAGGCAGAAGCAGAAGCAGCAGCAGAAGCAGUAGCAGUAGCAGAAGCAGGAGCAGCAGCAGCAGUAGCAGUAGCAGUAGCAGUAGCAGUAGCAGUAGCAGCAGCAGUAGCAGUAGCAGUAGCAGUAGCAGUAGCAGUAGCAGUAGCAGUAGCAGUAGCAGUAGCAGUAGCAGUAGCAGUAGCAGUAGCAGUAGCAGUAGCAGUAGCAGUAGUAGUAGUAGUCGUCGUCGUCGUCGUGGUAGUAGUGGUAGUAGUAGUAGUAGUAGUAGUAGUAGUAGUAGUAGUGGUAGUAGCGGUAGUAGCAGUAGCAGUAGUAGCAGUAGUAGCAGUGGUGGUAGUAGUAGUAGCAGCAGCAGCGCAGCAUCACUAGCGAGCGUUGGCAGUCUGAGCAGAGCACAAGCCUUUUCUCUGUCCCGAGCAGAAUCGAUUCAAUCUCCGAAGCUUGCGAAAACACAUGCAAAUUGA